UUGCCGUUCAUGGUUCAUGGCAUUCUCGAGGUGCACCCGGCCCAUCCUUGUCCGAUUCCGCCACGCGUCCGCGCCGCGGCGUCCGUCCGCGUCAGCAAGACCACAAAAUUUGGCGCCGGCUACGUCGACACCGCGCUGCCGAUAGUGGCGUGGCGCUGUAUUCGCCUGGAGCGCGGUCUAUGUGCAGGCUGGAGCAAGUCUUCUGUACCCCGUUUCGCUCGUAAACAAAUUCGAUUUGAUCCGAUUUACUUGACGAUGCGUCAAUCCCUUCAGUGAGAUCGCGUGCUGGAAAAAGUUUCUCGAACCACAGUUGGUGUAAUGGCCCGUAGAUCGUGUUACACAGAUAGGGGCGUGUAACAAUUAUGUUUCAGGUACCUGGAGCAUCACCAAAGUUCAUUCACUCAGAUUCAGUGUUGUAACACCCAAAAUUAAACACCACCAUGUUCAACUUUAUGAAGAAAGGCCCUGCUGGGCCUAUGGAUAGAGAAGAGAAAGAAAAGCGGAAAAAAGAAAAGAGGGAGCAAAAAGAACGCAAGGAUGGAAAGAAGAGGGAUCGCAGUUCCAUGACUGCAGAGGAGCUACUACGCUUAGAUGAAGUGCGGCGUUCCCUGAAGCUUCGUGGCAGAAGAAAGGAGAAGGAGAAACUACCCAGUGGAAUUACAGCUGACUACAGUGCCAGUUUCUUUGGGGAUUUGGAGAGACUAAGUCCUGAAAGGGAAAAUUCUGAAACUGAUGGCCGUCGUGAGCGGACUGCAAGCCUUCCUCUUGGGCAAAGUUUGUCUUCAUAUAAUGCGAGCACCAUGGGUGGAACAUCUUGGGGAAGAGGAGCUGACAUGACCCAAAGUGAUAGCUCAGAAGCAAGUUCCAACUCUUUGAAUCAACAGCCCCAGGCAUCCAAGCUGCUGCAAAAAGUACUUCCACCACUUCCUCCACGGCCUCCCAAGCGCGGCAUUUUGAAGCAAGGCCCUCGAUCCAGUACUUCUAGCUUAGCAAGUGAUGGUGGUCCCAAUGAGACCCAGGGCAACACGGAUCCUAAUAUGGUUCUCGUCCGUAACACCAUCCAGAAUGAAGUCAUUACAUAUCAAAAUCUUCCUUCACAUUCCAAGUCUUCGACAUCGUACCUCUUUCCUGAUGGGGAUGGUACUAACAGUCCGCUGUCUGUGCUUUUGACUUCAGAAAAUUCUGCGCCUAGCCCAGAUUUCUCCAGUGAAGUACUCAUGUCCCCCAUGAGUGUCCGAAGUGCAGAUCAUGCACAAAGUAACAAUUAUUUGAAUGUUGAAUCGUCUCAUCAUGAGAAAAAACUGUCAAAAGCAAGCUUAAGUCCCAGUGCUGAUUCUCUGACUGACACAACUACCAAUUCAAGUUUUGCUACGCCACCAUUUAGUACAUCACCGGUUGGUGAAAGCCAGGGCUUUCAUGGCUUUGGUGGGCGUUGGAGUAAAUACGCCUCCAGCACAUUUGAAGAUGUUUGUUCAGAUUUACCACUACCUCCUAUUGCUCCAGUGCCCUUGCCGCAACCCCGUGAACUAACCAUCCAAAGGCAACCUCCGCCCAGAAGUGAUUUUGGAUUUUCUCUGAGGCGUGCUAUUAUUGUUGAGCGGCAAGAGACACCCCAAGGUGUCACUGUGCGAUCCAAAGCAGUUAUAUUUGCUGAACCAGGAACUAUUGUUCAGCACCACAAUGAGACUGGUCUCCUUCCCGGUGAUAGGCUAAUCGAAGUCAAUGGUAUACCUGUUGACGACAAGUCUAGAGAAGAAAUCAUUGGACUGAUUAAGUCCUCUGGCACCAGUGUUACUGUUAAGGUCCAACCCGUCCCCGAGCUGUGCGAGCUGACGCGCCGCUCCGCGGACGGCACCACCGUCGAGCUCGACGAUUCCAACAUCCGAGGAGGGACCCUGCGGCGCAGCGGGAGCCGGCGCUUCAAGAAAUCAGUGGCCAAGAGCGACGAGCAGCUGGAGACGGAGAAGGCGUGGCUGGACGCGGAGCGACUCUGGCUGGUGCACCGCAAGGGCUUCACGGCGGUGCAGGGCGGGCAGCGCGCCCAGCAGAACGCCGAGGCCGGCAGCGACGACGGCAGCCGCCUGCACGUGCGCGUCGACGCCACCCAGGAGGUGGUGACGGUCGACGACGAUGACGUCGAGAAGGCCAACCCCCCUCAGUUCGACCGGUGCGAGGAUCUGGCGCAGCUGCGCUACCUCAACGAGUCCUCGGCCCUGCACACGCUGCGGCAGCGCUACGGCUCCAACCUGGUGCACACGUACGCCGGCCCCGCCCUGGUGGCCAUCAACCCCAUGGUGCCGCUGGCCAUCUACAGCGAGAAGGUGGCGCACAUGUUCCGGGGCUGCAAGCCCGAGGACAUGCCCGCGCACAUCUACGCCGCGGCGCAGGCGGCGUACCGCGGCGCCCUGGCCUUGCGGCGCGACCACUCGCUCGUGUUCCUGGGCCGGUCCGGCGCCGGCAAGACGUGCAACUUCCGGCACGCGCUGCACUACCUGGUGCUGGCCGCCGGCUCCGUCAACAAGGUGCUGACCCCCGAGAAGCUGAGCUCGGUGUGGACGCUGCUGGAGGCGUUCGGCAACGCGCGCACCGCGGCCAACGCCAACGCCACCAGGUUCACCCAGAUCUUCUCCCUCGACCUGGACCAGUCGGGCCAGAUCGCGUCCGCGUCGCUGCAGCUGCUGCUGGCCGAGCGGUGGCGCGUGGCGCGGCGCCCGGCCGGCGAGGCCAACUUCCACAUCCUGUACCGCCUGCUGGCCGGCGCGGAGGGCGCGCUGCGCCGGGAGCUGCAGCUGGACAACGUCUACGGCAGCGAAAGCAACAUGUUCGUCACGCCGCUGCAAAAGAUGGAGGACAAGCAGAAGGCCGAGCUGGAGUUCUCCCGCGUGACCGCGGCCAUGAGCCUGCUGGGCGUCUCCGACGCCGAGGCCCGCGUGCUGUGGAACGUGCUGGCCGCCAUCUACCACCUGGGCUUUGCCGGCGCCGUCAAAGCCGACAAGAGCCAGAGGUGGCAGUUCGCCAGCCCCGCGGCCGCGGCCCGCGCCGCCCUGCUGCUGGGCGUGCCCGUCGAGGAGCUGUCCCGCGCGCUGUUCGGCUCGGCGGUGGGCUCGGGGUCCGGCAGCGGGUCCACGCCGCAGUCCGGCAGCCCUUCCAGCGGCCCUGGCUCCGGCGCCAGGGGCUCCUACAGGACGCCCUCGCCGUCGCCGUCCGAACGCAGCGUCACCGGUGGCCUCGACAGGGGCGAGUUCACCGGUGUGGAGGCGCUGGAGGGCUUCGUCGUGGGCCUGUACUCGGAGGUGUUCGGCGCCGUUGGCGCGCUCAUCAACAGGAGCCUGAGCUCGCAGAGCAACGCCGUGGUGUCGUUGCUGCUGCUGGACUGCCCCGGCCUCCAGAACCCCGCGUCCUGCGGCAGCCAGGCCGGCGCCUCCUUCCACGACCUCUGCCACAACUACCUGGCCGAGCGGCUGCAGCUGCUGUUCCAUCACUCGGAGCUGGUGGCGCCCAAGGACCGCUAUAUCCAGGAGAACAUCGACUGCGACCUGGGCGAGGACGACGCCGGCCUGGACGGGUCCACGGCGCCGCUGGUGGGCAUGAUCGACCGGCCGCCCGCCACCACCACCAUGCUGCGGUCCUCGCAGACCGACCUGCGCCGCGGCGUGGAGCAGGAGAAGCGCGGCCUGCUGUGGCUGCUGGAGGAGGAGGCCAACCAGCUGGGCGCCAGCGACACCUCCUUCAUCGACAGGCUCUUCUCGCACUACAGCGACAGGGAUCACCAGCUGCUGCUUCGCAAGGCCCCGGGCAACAACCACUUCGUGCUGCAGCACAUGCAGGCCACCAGCCCGGUGCUGUACUCCGCCAACGGCUGGCUCAAGGCCUGCAGGGAGAGCCCCACGACGCGGGCGGCGGCCGCGCUGCUGCAGGAGAGCUCCAGGGAGGAGAUGAGCAAGCUGUUCGUGAGCUGCCGCGGCGCGGGCAUCUCGUCCACGCUGGGGGGCUCCAUGGUGUGCAGCGCGGCGGGGCUGGGCGCCGAGUCGGGCGGCACGCUGCGCAGGGCGUCCAGCAUCCGGCGCACGCUCAACGCGGGCACGGCCGCCAUCAAGCGGCGCUCCGUCGCGCUGCAGGUCAAGUUCACCGUGGACGGCCUGAUCGAGACGCUGCGCCGCACGCGCUCCAAGUUCGUCUUCUGCCUGCUGCCGCAACACAACGCGGGGCUGUGCGACGCGCGCCGCGACUCGCUGUCCGGGGGGCUGCUGCUGCCGUCGUCGCCCAACGGCGCGGCGGCCGUCACGACGGACGAGAGCCUGAUGAACGUGCCGCUGCUGCGGUCGCAACUCCGCGGCGCCCAGGUGCUGGCCGUGGUGCGCCUGCACAAGCAGGGCUUCCCCAAGUUCCUGCCGCUGUGGGAGUUCCGGCGCCGCUUCCGACUGCUGGCGCCGCCCGACGCGCGCCCCGCCAGCCCCGUGGACGACGAGCGGAAGACGGCGCAGGACCUGGUGCUGGGCAUCGACCUGGAGCCGCUGCAGUUCCGCAUCGGCCUCAGUCAGAUCUUCUUCCGCGCCGGCGUGCUGGAGCAGCUGGAGGCGCAGCGCGACGAGCGCAUCGCCGGCCACGUGGUGCGGCUGCAGGCACGCUGCAGGGGCUUCCUCGCCCGGAAGCAGCUGGCCAAGAGAAAGGUCCAGGACCUGGCCGUGCGGUGCAUCCAGCGCAACGUCCGCAAGUUCAUGAGCGUCCGCGACUGGCCGUGGUGGCGUCUGCUGGUCCGGGUGACGCCGCUGCUCAACGUGCACCGCACCGAGGAGGAGCUGCGCGCCAAGUCGGAGGAGCUGGAGGCACUUCGCAGCAAGGUGGACAAGCUGGAGGCCGAGAGGACGCAGAUCAAGCACGAGAGCGACCGCCUGGAAGCCAAGCUGAGCGAGAUGACGGUGGACUUGGCGGAGGAGCACUCGACCGCCUCUCUGGCCACGGACCGCCUCGAGGUGGAAGUCGCGGACCGCAUUCGGCUGGAGAAGGAGCUGCAGGACGUGCAGGGCCACAACAAGCGGCUGCAGCAGGCGACGGAGCGGCUGGAGCUGGAGCUGCUGCACGCGCGCACGGCGGACCUGAACGGCGUGCACUCGGAGGACGAGGGCGGCAGCGGCGACGGCGACGGCCCCUCGGCGGCGCUGCGGCAGCGCUACGAGCGCACCCUCAGGGAGCUGGAGUUCACCAAGCGGCGCCUGCAGCAGCAGCACGAGGACGACCUGGAGCAGCUCGUGGGCCUCAAGAAGCAGCUCGAAAAGAAGCUGGCCGACGCCUACGAGGAGGUCGAGGAGCAGCGGCAGGUGGUCGGCCAAUGGAAGCGCAAGGUGCAGAAGCUCAACGCCGAGACCAGCGACCUGCGCCUGCUGCUGGAGAACCAGGGCUCCAGGAACAACCUGCUGGAGAAGAAGCAGCGCAAGUUCGACUCGGAGCUGCAGCUGCUGCAGGAUGAGCUUCGCCGGGAGCAGCAGCAGCGGGAGCGGCUGUCGCGCGAGAAGGAGAUCGCCCUCGGGGAGAAGUACUCCAUGGAGCAGAACGUCAGCGCGCUGCGGCUCGAGCUGGAGCUCAAGGAGGAGAAGGUGGUGUCGCUGUCGCGCGAGCUGGACGAGCUGACGUUCGGCGGCAAGACGGAGGAGGAGGUGGCGCAGCUCAAGAAGGCCAAGCACCAGCUGGAGCACAAGUGCAAGGACCAGCAGGAGGAGCUGGACGACCUGGCCGGCCAGGUGCAGCUCCUGGAGCAGGCCAAGCUGCGCCUCGAGAUGUCGCUGGAGCAGCUGCGCAAGGAGCACCGCAAGGAGAUCGGGCAGCGCGACGACGAGCUCGAAGACGUGCGCUCCAACGCGCACAAGAAGGUCAAAGCCCUGGAGGCGCGCCUGGAGGACGAGCACGAGGAGCGGACGCAGCUGGUGCGCGAGAAGCACGAGCUGGAGCGGCGCCUGGGCAGCGUGGAGGAGGAGUGGCGCGCGCGGCGCACGCGGGACGACGGCCAGGUGCAGCGGCUGCGCCGGGACCUGCGGCGCACGCGCGCCCUGCUGGCGGACGCGCAGGCGCAGCUGGAGCGCGCCAAGGCGGACACGCCGGGCAAGGCGGCGCUGCGGGGCCUCCGCAACCAGCUGGAGGACUUGGAGCUGGCGCGCGCGCAGGCCGUCAAGUCGCGGCAGCUCGCCGAGCAGGAGCUGGCCGACGUGCAGCAGCAGCUGGAGGACGCGCAGCGCCUGCGCCACGAGAGCGAGGAGCGCGCCCAGGCCGCCAGUCGGGAGCGCACCGAGCUGCGCACGCAGCUGGAGGAGAACGAGGACGAGCUGUCCGAGGUGAUGAACAAGUACCGCGCCGCCGUGCACCAGCUCUCGGCCGAGCAGGCCACGCUGCAGGACAGCGUGGCGCGCGUCGCCGAGCUGGAGCAGGAGAACGCGUCGCUGCAGGACCAGCUGGCCGAGCUGACGGCGCGCCUCGCCAGCGCCGAGACGCUGGGUGACCCCAGCAGCUCGCUCACGGCCAAGCGGCUGGAGCUGCGCUGCAAGGAGCUGGAGUCGCGGCUGGAGCUGGAGCAGACGACGCGCGGCCGCCUGGACACGCAGAUCUCGCGGCUCAAGGAGACCGUGGACAAGCUGCAGAGCGAGACCAGCUUGCUGCGCGCGCGAGAGCAGUCCGCCCAGGACCAGGCGCGCAAGCUGCAGCGGUCGCUGCGCGAGGUGCGCGAAGAGAACUCGGGCUUGGGGGCGCGCGACGCGGAGGCCCUGGAGAAGAGGAAGGCGCUGGAGAAGCGGCUGGAGGUGGCCGAGGCCGAGGCCAGCUCGGCGCGCGGCGACCUCAAGGUGGCCCUGCAGCGCAUCGACGACCUGCAGCAGGCCAUCCAGGGCGACCUCGAGCUGGACGACAGUUCCGCUAGUGAUAACAGUGACAAUGAUAACGAUUCUGAAGGAUCCGACGAGUCGAUUGAAACAUUCCUGGCCAACCACAACAUGGGAUCUGGCCGCCUAUCUACAGCAAAUUCAAGCAAAAGGUCAUCAUUAUGUGAACGUAGUCCUCGACAGGAAAGAACUCCAAUGUUUGAUCUAAGCCCAAGAUUAGGAGAACCUUGCAGUACACCAAAGGAAGACACAAGUUAAAACAAACCUGAUCCAGUCAUUAAGUAAGAUGCUCAUUUGUAGUAAAAUGAAAAUUUCGAUUAUUAUGAUGGUAAUUACUAUUACAAUUAUUAUUUGUUGAUUAUUUUUUCUUGAUAGUAUGGUAUGUGUAUGUUGUUAAUUCUGUUGUAAUCCUGGUUAGGCUAGUUAAAAACAAUUUUAUUUGUCUGUGAGGCCGGUUUGAUUGGUAUUAUCAAAAGUGCACUAUUGCAAUUUAUUAUCUGCUGUCAUUUUUAGUAUGGUUUUUAUGGAAAUUAAUUAUUCAUGUUACUUUAAAAGUAUCUAAGCCAAUGUUGAUUUCAUUUUGCCUUUGAUGGAGCUGAGCUCUAAAUUCAGUUUGUAUGAAAACUGUUUCAACUUUAUUAGUAGGAGUGUUGUAUGAGUUGAUUUGUUUAAGAACAUUGUGUUAAGAGAUUUGUAUCAAAGAUCUUUUUAUCUGAAAAAAUAGUGAUUUGCAUUGAUCGCUUUGAAAAAAUGUUAAGCAAUGGUUCUUUUUAGACAGCGUUUUAAAAAUCCAGCUGUAUGGCUCUUGAUUGUUUGUAUAAUUUUACAGUACUGCUCAUUUAGCAUGCUUGCAUUGCAUUACAUCAAGGUCAUUCAAACUUAGUGUUCAAAUGAAGAAACCGCUUGUGAAAUGAUUUUUUAAUUUCUCAAUCGGUUUCUAAUUAUGGCAUUUGGUUUACGUGUUCCUCAUUUUGAUUAAAACUGCCACUUGUGGACCAUGAGUUGACUGAGGCAUACAUGUUGCCAGCUCUUACCUUCAUUUAGUGAAACCUUGUAGAUUUGUGAACAAUUUUAAUGUAUUUUCUCUGAACAAAUUGUAUGCCUGUAGCUGCCCAAACUUCUGUUUAAAAAGAACUGGUGUGUACUUACUGAAAAGCAACUUUGAUAAAAUUUUGAGGACGGUUUUUGUCUUUCUAGGAUGAGAUUUUGAUUGUGUGUUAAACAAUGCUUUUGAAAGCAUUCCGUUUUUGUUAAAUUUUUGAAUGAAUCUUAUUCUUACUUGCAGCUCAGUUUCAUUGUUGUUGUUUUUUCCUGUAAGUAAUUAAACUUCAAGAGGUGUAAAAUAUGAUGUAUUUAUGUAUAAAGAAAUAUAUUUAAGAGCAAGAA